AAAACAGACAGGCACGGGCAAAGCAAAGCAGCGAGCGGAGCGGAGAAGGAGAAGGAGAAGAGAGGAGAGGAGAGCGGCACAGAUUGCAAACAGGCGGGGUGCCAGCUGUCUGACUUUACCUACAGAUCUUUCUUGAAUUCGAGAAAGCGAGCAUGAUGGCUCAACAAGAUAUCAUCCUCUCAGAAGUCAAACGUAUCCUAGUAGAGAAUUCUGGUUUCUCUGAAACGGCAAAUGCCAGCAGCAUCCAAGCACUUGAUACGAAGGAGUAUGAUCUUGAAAGUCCUUAUGGGAUUAUGCGUGUCGCAGUGCGUGGUUCAUCUAAAGGAGCUCGGCCAGUCAUACUCACUGUUCAUGAUAUUGGAAUGAAUCAUAAAUCAUGCUUUGACACCCUCUUCAACUCUGAAGACAUGCAAGAAAUAAUACUUCAUUUUGCAAUUUACCACAUUGAUUUACCAGGUCAGCAGGAAAGAGCUCCAUCUUUUCCACAUGGAUAUGAAUAUCCAUCAUUGGACCAAAUGGCUGACCUACUUCCAGCUGUUUUAAAGCAUUUUAGUUUGAAGAGCGUUAUUGGAUUAGGAGUUGGAGCUGGUGCAAAUAUCCUGACUAGAUUUGCUUUGAAUUAUACUGAUCUCGUUGAGGGACUGUGCCUCAUUAAUAUUAAUUGCAAUGCUGAAGGAUGGAUGGACUGGGCAGCAACCAAGCUUUCUGGUUGGACCUCCAACUUGACAGAUAUUGUAAUCAGUCAUCUGUUUAAUAAGGACGAAAUACAUACCAAUCCUAAUUUGAUCCACACAUACCGCAAUCACAUUUCUACUGGUCUUAAUCACCACAAUCUACAGCUUUUUGUUAAUUCAUACAACAGUCGAAGAGACUUGGAAAUUGGGCGCCCUAUUGCUGGACAACACAGCUACAGAACUACUUUACAAUGUCCUUCUUUGUUGGUGGUUGGAGACAAUUCGCCUGCGGUGGAUGCUGUGGUUGACUGUAAUACUAAACUUGAUCCAACAAAGACUACUCUGUUAAAGAUGUCUGAUUGUGGAGGACUGCCACAAGUUGUCCAGCCAGCAAAACUUACAGAGGCUAUUAAAUAUUUUGUGCAAGGAAUGGGCUACAUGCCUGCAGCCAGCAUGACCCGUCUAAUGCGAUCUCGUUCAGCAUCUGGAUCCAGUGCAGCAUCUAUGGAUGGCAACAGGAGCCGCUCUGCCACCGGUGAGGCCGCCAAGUUUUACAGUCACCCCAGUUUGGGCCUACAGAACGUAAACAAGAAUGCUAAUGCUAAUGCUAAUGUCGGAGUUGUUGAACACUCUGGCCCUCAGUCUGCAGAGAUUUCCUGUUAAAGCCCAUUCACACCACCUCAAACCACUUGUCAUUCUAUGGGGAUGGCAAAGGACCAAUAAACACACAUGGAAACAAA